AUGCGUACUCGAUCGCAGCCAAUUUCCCCAAGCGGGUUUCAGUCGCUGGAAACCGUUCCUCGCAGGAGGAAGACGACGGCUUCCAAGACCACCAAAACCACCAAAACCACGAAGCCCACAAAGGAGGCAAGUGCCAAAGUCGAGAAAAAGAAACCCGGAAAGCGCGGUCCCAAGAAAACAUUGAAGAAAACGGCGGCUAAAUCCGAGGAAACCACGACCACAGCUGAAAACAGUAACGACGCCCCCGCGCCUGCGCCUACCGACAACACUUCCGUGAACGAGUCCCCACAGGAUGUUAAUGACGUUGCGACAAGUCCAGAACCGGUUGAACAACCUACAACAGAUAAAUCUUCACCCCGUAAGAAGCGAGCACGACGACGAGAUUAUUCAAGCGAUGACGAUGGCGAUUUGCGAUCCUCGAAGAAACGCCGCGAUGCCGUAACUUCGUCUAUUGCGCACCACAGGCAGCGAAGAGUGACACCAUAUGCCGAACGAUCCCGUCGCAGAGCAGUCGAAAGCCAAGGCCGGAUUGAUAAAACACUUUUCCGCAUUCCUCAACUAAUCGCUCAAAACAAUGCAGAUCGAGAUACGACUGGCAAUGAUAAGGUAGACGAUGCUGAUGUCGAAGAACCAGCAUGGGAUGUGCUCAACCAGAUGCGAGCAGAUGCAGCAGAAUUAUCAGAUCAAGAGCAAGCACAGACUCUCGAGGCCCCUCAGACCCCAACCCGGAACUGGGACAUUCGAGGGCUGUUUAAUUCAGUCCCUAGGUCGAUUUCAAAGUUCAUUCCAACGUUCAGUCUUUCUCCGGUGCGAACAGGGUCGUCUAUUGAAGUAUCUUCGACACCACCGGAGGCUGGAGGGAGACCUGCCCUAUCCAUGCCAGUGGUGAGUACUCCGGAUCAGAGUGAGCCAUCUGAACAACCUGAGCAAACUCCGGAGUUAGAGCAUUUGACAUAUUCCCUUUUCCCGCAACCACUAAACCGGCGCCAGCUGUUGGGAACCCCCCCCGAUGUUCGAUCCCCACAGAAGGGAGCCCAGAAAGGUAUCGUGACCGAAACGACCGUUUCUAAGGAAACUACAAAUAGCAACACGCAACACGCGCCCGAAGAUGAAAACAAUAACAAUAACAACGGUAGCAGUAAGAACCCAAGAAAACGCAGGCGCUCAAGUCCAGAGUCGAUUCCAAAUCCCCCAGGCACGAGCUAUGGAAUGGAUUUGAGAUAUUUUGGGGACAGUUCACUAAGCGAAGCAGAUGAUGACUCGAUACCCGAAGAUAUGACUACGUUUGGCACUGAGCAAGAUCCACGCCCCAUUCCACCCACAGAACAACCUGCUAUUCGAGGUAUCUUACGUGGUACAAAGCGCGUUCGUUUUGAUGCUAGCCCAGAAAACACUCCAUCUAAGCUUCGACUCCGCCAUCCCCAACCUCAAACCGUCGAUGAUAACCAAAGAAUGAUCGAGGAACAAGGUUCAUCUCUUUCUUCCACAGACGAUGCCAUGGAUAUCUCCAGCGACCAUUCUACAGGCGAACCGUCAGCGUCUACACCGCCUGUCAACCCUCAAGCCCCUCCAUCUGAAUCCUCAGGAGAUCCUCAGCCAUCCCCCCCCUCUUCACCAAUCAUUCGCCCUAACCCUUUUGGAACCUACUGCCUAGACUACGAUAUGUUUUCAGACGAUGAUGAUUUAUAUGAGGAGGAAAUUGCCGCUGAACAGGCAGCUGCAACUGAAGCCGCAGCAGCUUCAAGCUCCAGCACUGACAUCACCGAGAGUCAAGCACCCACGACAUCUACUCAGGCUCGUGACAUUAUCCCCUCCUCCUCUCAGCAAACACCAGUUGCGGAACACCAACCUUCUGAAUCAAGAGGUGCCUCUCAGUCAUCGUCCACGACUCCUGAGACUGCGCCUGCUGAUUCUCAAACAUCCCAACAGCCUUCUAUGUUCGCUAUUAAUUGGACGCAACCUCCACCGCCUCGCCCGACGCCGGCUCAUGCGUCGCUGCCAACGCAGCCAAUCACACCCGUUGGCGCGGACGCUGUUGCCAAGCUCCGUUCACAGGCCGAAAAGUACAAGCCGAAGCUCCCUAGUGGGCUUCGUGCUUCUCGCCGGUACUCUUCCAGUCCGCUGUCAGCUCCAGACAGCGGCGACAACAUGACCUCGCGUCCUGAACGUUUUGAGCCGUUGGUGGAUUCCCCUCCGCCACAUCUCAACACCCGUGAGCAAUGCCAAGCCACGGAAGCCAAGGGGGAGGCUUCCGCGGGCGACAAGGAAAACUCCAGCGGGGGGUCGCUGGAGCAAAGCUCAUACGUACCAAACCCUCGGAUGAGGCAAUUGGUACGUGAGAUGUGGUUGGAGGAGGAUGAUGAGGCGGCUGAUGAGGUGUUCAGUCGCGAGUUCCGGCGAUUCCGCCGGGAGAGAUCCCGGUUGGAGGAGUCGGAGCUGCAAGAGGAGGAGGGGGGGGAGGAGGUUGGGGAGGAAGAGGAGGGGGCAGCUCACAUCGAGCCCUUUAACCUGGGUUCGUAUGAUGAGUUUUGCCGGAGUUUUGAGGAGUAUAGGCGGCGGCGGGCCGCCUAG